CCGCUUCGCCGUACGGGUCCCCGGCCGCGCCGCGCCGCACCACAAUAUUAUUAUCCGUGAAACUCUCGUAACCGCCGCCGCAGCACACGGUCGUCCGUCUUUCGCGUACGCCAUCGCGCCGUCGUCGUCGUCGUCGUCGUCGCCGCCACCACCACCGCCGCCGCCGCCGUCGUAUGGUUACGUUGCCCGACUACAGCCUUUUGAUAUUGCGUUUUUCCGUAACCGAUAUCACGUGCGGGUUGCGCGAGUUUUCGAAUUUUCCGGGUCAAGACGCGAAAACAAAUUAAUUAAUUACGGGUUUUCCAGACGCCGGCAGCGUGUUUUUUUUUUUUUUUUUUUCUCUCUGUUCCGUUGUAAUUAUUUUUACCGUUCCGUAACGUGUCCCGUCGUUCGCGUUUCGACGUACAGUACCAUCACGUUCGCGCGACGGCCGCAAUGGAACCACAAGCGAACCACGACGGAGACGACGGUCCGUACGGCCAACCGUCGACGUCCACCGCGGCUAGCUGCUGCAGGCUGUGCUGCAACUCGUCGGCGAACGUGGAUCAAUGGCACCGGAUCGCCGGCGCCGCCACUGCCGCCGCCGCCACUGCGAACAACAGCGGUGGCGGGACACGCCCCGGCGGCCGCGGUCUGCGCGACACCAUUGUCAAACACUUACGGAUACAGGUGAGCGAGCAGCUGUACAACGGCCCCCGGCGCGCAAAUUAUUAUUGUUGGGCCUUUGGUCCGCCACCUGCCUUUGCAAAUUACGGCCCGUUUCGGUUUCGGCGGCCGUACGCGAACGAUCGCAACUCGCGUUCGCCACUAUCACCGCUAACGGUUGGCCAUCUAUUGCCCCUCCUGUCCACCCGUCCACCUUUGGAAACGAUAUUACUCUAUUAUGUUAUUAUCAACGAUAUGAUUACGUCACCUGAUAACGACAUUUGUCGUUGCGUGCGGCGGCCGUGCGGGCGAACAGCUGCGCCAGCACGUCCGCCGCCGGCCGUGUGUGUUUGGCGGAGCCCGUGUGCGCGCACUUCGUGCCCGAAAUGGCGGGCUUUUGCGUUUCGCCGAAUGCGACCGUUGGCUUUUCGUACGCCGUCUCGCCGUCCGACGACCACCGUAAAAUACCGUACCGCCCGCCGUAGGGCCGACGCGGGCAGUGUUUUUGUUCCGUUCCGAACCAGUGCGUCACACUUGGUUUCUGUUCUCCGUAACCCAGGUCUGGUUAUUGACCUUUUUUUUUUUUCUUUUCUCCAUUCGCGCCUCUUUACUACACUACCGGCUGUGCGUGUGCGGUUCCGGAUCCGUCGUCGGCCGACGCAUAACGUUCGCGAGCGGGUGAACUGCAGCCGCCGUUCGUCGUUGGACACGUUAUCAAUUGUCGACCGCCGUCGUGCCAAAUUGCGUUUCGGUUAUUGCGAAACGGUCGCAUUCGCGUCGGUGACACGGUACCCGGUCGAAUCGACGGUGUUCAAUAUUUUUCCCGGUAUUUCUAUUUACGCAUAUUAUUGCGCUGGGAAUCCGUUUGAUUUGUAUCGUUCGCUUUUCAUCCAAUACCCCGUCCUGACGUGUGACUCGCAUCUCAUCUGCGUGUCGUCCAUAGUAAAAUGAAGUUUAUUAUUCUUGUGCGAUAUCGACAGCGCCCAGCCGUUUGGUUACUUUUACCGGUCCGUGGAAAUAUGAAUCGAACCCGUCCAAAUCGUAGGUGCGAGUGGAAUGAUAUGUUUGGUGUGGCUUCCGGUGUUUCCACCCCUCUCCCUAUUUCAUUUGGUCAAAUUGAUGCGUAUUCGGUUUCGACAAAACGCCCACCACGUUCGAAAUUUGCAGGAUGUUUUAUAUAAAUGCCCAUCAACAGAUAUUUGAUAGUUUAAACACAAUAUUGUUGUGAAAAUUCUAGGAAGGCCAAUUUGAAAACUGACCUUAUAUCACUCGCCCGGCCACUUUCUAAUUCUGGCCACAAACAUUAAUUUUUACACGAAACAAUUUUCACGAUUUGGCACGUUUGUAUUUUUAACCCGAACAAAUCUUCCCUAUGAUCCUCUCUUGUACGAUUCUAUCGCAAGCAUCUAAUUUAUUUGUGUGUAUAUACACUUGCUCAAAUUAUUUUUCUAGAUAGUAGGUACAACAAUACAUUUUAAUUGAAAUGAUUCAUGGUUAAAUACUUGAACCUAUAUUUGAUAAAUAAUAAGAUAAAUUCUCAACGAAGUUUGCUUUUGUUUUUAAGUUGUUCAAUUAGGUAACUACGUAAAACACUAAAACUGUAAUCAACAGCAUUUAAAAGCAUACAGCACAAUACAGUUUUAUGUAUUUAUAUUAUAAACUACAUAAUAGUAUAGUAUAGCACACAUGAAGACAAUUUUCCUAUAGUCCAAUCCGUCCUGAGUCAAUGGGAUCAUAUCUGUAACUUUGUUUUUUAUGUUUAUUAAAAAGUUUGGAAAAGUCGUAAUGAAGUCUAUGUUUAAGUGUAUGAGGUAUUUAAGUCUAUGAUAAGUCCUACUCUGCCUUUAAUAGAUACAACUGACAAUACUUACUUUUCAAUAAUUUUACAAAUUAUUUUGUUUUAAUUAUUAUACAUACAGUAUUGAUAAAUUGAUAUUUUAAAAACAUCCAUCCAACAAAAAUAAACUCGGUUAUCUCAGUAGCUAUAUGAUGGCUAUUUGAGACCUUGAUAAAACAUUUUGUAAGUUUGGCAUUUUUCGGUGUACACCCUUUUCAUAAACUUCAGCAAUAUUUUAAACAUGACAACAAGAAAAAAGUCUUUCUAUUGUCCGUAUAAAUAAUUAUUAAAGAAAUUACCUAAACAUUUGUUUGUUUUCUUUAGAUUUCAGAAGGCGAUGGUUUAUCUCAAAUUGUAUGUUCUAAAUGUUUGACGAUGUUAACUGAAUGGGAGCAAUUUUAUGACAUGUGUUCACAGAACAACACGCGGCUUAAACAAUUCUCGGACGGAGAUAAAGUAAACUACCUUCGUAUUAAAUAAUAAUUAUUACUCAAUCAUAUUUAAUGUAUGUGUAUUAUUUAAGCAUAUUAUUAUUUGUAGUUGGUAUAUUAAUAUCAUGAGUAAACACAAUUUAUGUUGUAACAUAUGAACCAAAUUAUACUGUAUAAUAAGGAAUAUAAUGUAUAGUAUUUAGCAGUAUGUAGUUUUUUUUGUAUUGAAAAAGCUUACUUCUCUUUUAAUAAAUGUACCUUGGUUAUGUUCAAUAUUCCAUUAUUCUCGUUUUUGGUUUAAAAUGUCUAAAACGUACGAUUAUAACAGGCAGGUUAUAGGUACUAUUCUGGAAUAAUAUGAUUAAUUAUUGUAUACUUUGACAUAAAUAUAUAUUAUACAGUUUUUUUUUAUAAUUUAAGCUUAGCUAGCUUAUUCUAUCUAAAUGCCGGAGGUUUUUUUCUUUUCUUUUUUUUUUACUCAAAUAAUCAGGUAUUAUUUAAUACUUGCGAUUAUUACGAUUAGAUAAUAUAUUGAUUUUAAAUUUACGAUCCUACCUACAAUUCAUAUCUUGGUGUUAAAUAACGGUAUGGAAAGCUGGGUAUUUAUCAACCAACAGUUUAUUAAGUAUAGCGCGAUACUUUUCUUUCUGAUAAUCGCCUCGUUGCUUUAUGACAUUUUACACUCUUCAAUUUAUUGUUACCACGGUCAUACCGGGAGGGAAUAAUCCAGUUUUAUCUCGGUACUAAUGUAUUAAGCAGGUAUAAUAUAUUCAUUUAUUUAUUGAUGAUAAAUUAUAAACAAUAAACACGAGACUGUAAUAUAGUGUAAUACAUUUAUUAUAUUAUCUUUAUUGCCCCGUCAUAAUUAGUAGGUGGUAGGUAUAUGGAAAUUGAAUUAUAAUGAAUAUAUCUAUUCUAUCUAGUCAUUAUUUUUCAUUUUAUCAAUAUUAUCAAUUAAUUGUUAACAAUAAAAUAUAGCAUAAUAUUUAAUAUUACAAUAUACAGUAUAAAAAUAUAAACUUUUUAAAAUCAAUUAUCAGAAUUAUGAUUAUCCAAUGUUUCACAACAUUAAACCUGUCUCCUCUUGGACACCUUUUAUAUAUUAUAAUAUUAAAUAAAAGGUGGUAUAUUAUACAGAUAUAAUAACUUGAACAAAAUGUGUAGGUAUAUCAUUAUAAUAUAUCAUCUUAAUUAUUCAUUAAUUAAUGUCGUAGUUGUAUUUUAUGUUUUCAUUACAUAAUUGUAUAAUAUUUCGUUUGAAUUCUCUUCGUACAAUUCAGCGAAUCUGUUCUUUGUUCGUAGACAAAGUAGUAAAACAUUCCAAAUUGAUGUACAUAUAAUUGCGUUACUAAAAACUAUAUCUAUUACACUUUUAGUAACUAACUGGAAACGAUUGAUUCUUUUUGUUGAAUAUUUUUGGUGUAAACUAUAUCUUUUUUCAACUCGUUUAUAAAUAUCUGUUUAAAAACUUCUUGCGUUCGUAUAAUACAAUAUGCUUCUUAAAUAUGUACAGAUAACAAUUUGUUUUGUUAUUUAUUAACUGUAGAAUAACAUGGUUUCAUUAAUAACCUUAAGCCCCUUAGUAUACUCACAAUUCCUCGUGUGUUUUCCAAAGCGUUUUUCAUUAUGUGAUUUUGAUUUAUUGUUUAACUAAGAUUUUGUAAAUAUUAAAAAUUAUAUUUCUAUGAACUGUUUAAAAACGUUUUUAAUAUAUUACUAUAUCAUAUAUUUGGCUUCUUUAUUUAUUUUAUUUUUAUUUUUCUGUCUGUAAAUAAGUAUUCAACCAGAAGCCUUACUCCAAUCAUCAACAUCGGUGGUAUUUUUUUCUAGUCUGUGUAUUAGUAUGAGGGUCCUUUUUUUUGACUUUUCUUAACUCUUUCUUAAUAUAGGAGGAAAAUCAGGAAUGUUUAGGGAACAAUAAUUCUGUUGAAAUUUAAAAUUGGUUGUAUGUCAAUUUAAAAUUUAAAUUUAUCAAAAAAUGUUGUUUAACCAAACUUUGCUCACUUUUUUAUUCAUUAUGAUUUAUUUUUGUGUACAAACUAAAUUACUUUCUAUACCCAACCUGUUUAUAAAAAUACUUUUAUUUAUUUUCAUAGAAUGAUGAUGGUGAUGAAUCUGCGAACAAUUUAAUUAUAGACAUAACUGACGAAGACGAAGAACAAAAUAUUAAUUUUAAAGGUAUGUGGGUGAUAUAUUCUAACUAGUCAUAACAUUAUCAAAAUCAGUCUAUCUACAGUGAAUUUGAGUUAUGUCAAAUCUAAAGGGAAACUUCAAAAAAAAAAAAAUUGAAAAAUGAAUAAAUAAUUAUAAUUUUUAAUCUAAUUUAAACAACAAUAUGUGUCUACUGAAGAACUUUUCAAAAAAACUACAUCAUAUUAUGUUUUUUUUUUCAAUUUGUAAGCCAACCACUACUAGCUUUACAAUUAGUGUGUCCUAGUUGUUGUACAUACUUAUUAUUUCUUUGCUUUUUCAAGUAAAAUGGUUCCACUUACUGGUAUGUUUUUAUCAAUUCUCUGAGUAAAUCAUUAUAAUAAGCAUUUAUCGAUGUCCAAAUUAACAGUGAUCUUCAUAUUUUUCAUAUUUCCACCGGUGAAUUUCAACAAUUUAUCUUUGCUUUUUCAUAAUUGACAAUAAUUUAUUUGGUGAAUUGUUGAAUUCUUUAGCAAUUUAAAAAUUUUUCAUGCCACCUUUUUAACUGUAUUAUGUAUUUAUUGAACGUUAUCUGAAAUUGUAAGGACAUUUAACUCAUGCUUAUUUUCCAUUUCACAGCUAUAUUGUACAAAUGUGAACGUAAUCACUGUACUGAAUGUAUUACACAAUUUUUUCGGUUCUUACCGUAAUUAAAAUGUUAUUUGUGUAUUCGAGAUAACGAAAAAAUUUUAAUUUUAUAUUGAGUUGUCGAUAGAAAAUUGUUAACGGGUGUAAUGGUAGUUUCAAGAGGAUUUGAAUGUAGUUUGAGAUAAUAAAAAAUCUGAGAUAGUAAGGUUUGACAUAAUAAGAAUCUAUUAUAUUUUAAAUAUAUAGAUAUACAUAUCUAUAAUCUUUUCUUGUAUAUUAUAUACAAAGUAGGAGAUAUUUAAAUUAUUAUUAAUUCUAGGUUUAUAUAUAUUUAAUUAUUAUUUUUAAACUAUUUUAGAUUCUGAGUGGAGUGAGGAAUGUAUUGGUUUACAAUCAUGUUUAUUUCUUUUUUUGUGAACAAAUUUUCUACCAGCAAUUUUGCUCUGAUUUACAAUGACAGCACUUAUUCAGAAAUUAAUCUGACUGGGGUAGUACUAUAGGGAGAACAUUUUUUAAUUUUCUAAAGAUUUUUACCAAUAAAUGGAAAAAAAAACAGGGGAAAACAGGAAAAUAAGUACAUUAUUAAACAAAUAUUAUCAAAAAAAAUAUAUAAUGCAUAUGUAAUUAUUUUACCAAUAUAUGGCAUAUAUAUUGUUGACAAAGCAUCAUUAUCAACAGAACUCCGUUCAGAAUUGUUUUUCCUUUAACAAUGGUUAAUGGUUGUGUACAGAUAAUAUACAUUAAAUUUCCCCUUUAUUACCUUCCCAACUUCUCACCUAUAACAGUGGUUGCACUUUUCCUCAUUAUCCUAGGAUAGCUUUUUUAAUAUUAUAUUAAUUUUGUAAAUGUUAUAGAUAAAGACAAAAAAGAAAAAAAAUCUAUUCUGGGGGAACCAUCACCUGAAGAUUAUGUACUGAUGAAGGAAGAAACUUUUAAUUUAGAACCAGUGUAAGUUUCUUUUAGGUUGAUGUAAAUUAUUGUAAUCUGAUCUGCUAUACAAUUGAAUAAAAAUCUAAUAAUAAUAUGAAUUUUCAGAAAAAAUGGGCCAACAGGUGUUUUGGGUGAUUAUUUAAUAGAGUAUAAUAAUUGCAAGAAGUCACCAAAUGAUUUGAGUAAUACAGAUAAAGAUAUUGUUGACAAUUUACGCAUACGAAGAGAAGUGUUACCAUCUAUGUGGGAUGUAUUUGAAAAGACUAUUGAAAAACUUAAGUCUGGUAAAAUUAAAACAUUUUCAAAUAGUUUCUUACUUAAUUCAAUUUUAUAAAUUAAUUGUUUGUUAAUGAUUUUUUUUUAUAUUUUAGGAGAAUCAUUUACAACAUUAGUCACUCAUAGGCGAUAUAUUAUCAAUAAAGGUGCAUUUCCUUGUUCUUUGUGCGGAGAGUGUUAUGAGUUUGAUCAAGGUGUUUGUCGCGAUGAGGAAGAACCUCAACCACCGGUGGAAGUUGACGUCCAACAACGGUUAUUCAUUUGUCCUACAUGUGGAAAGUCAUUCCCCCGCCGUAGCUCAUGGAAACGUCAUCAAAUGACUCAUGAAGAUGUGAAGCCAUUUGUGUGUCGUAUUUGCACUAGUGGAUUCAAUCGUAAAGAACAUUUAAUGCGACAUAUGUUAUCUCACAGUACUAUAAGACCUUUCCCGUGUGAACGUUGUGGCAAACGGUUUAUACGCAAAGAACAUUUGGCCAGACAUCUCAUGUGCAUACCAAGUUGUUCUAGUUCAUCCGAUAUGCCGAGACCAUUUUGUUGUGAUAUUUGUAAACAGAGAUUUGUGCGUAAAGAACAUUUGUUCAGACAUAGAAAAAGAGCUCACGAACAUGCAAUGAUAUUGGACAACCAACUAGAAGAAAAACCGUUUGUGUGUUGGCAGUGCGGUAAAUGUUUUACUCGAUAUGAACAUCUACGUAAACAUUUAGAUUUGCACAGUGGAAUUAUUCCUGGAAUUAGUGGAAUUCCUUCAGCUUCCACAUCAAUGCUUCCUGAAGUAACUCUGUCAGAAAUAAGAGUUGAUGCCGCUCCAGCUGGAGAUGUCAAGCCUGAAAAUUUUUCAGAUUCUGAGGGUGAAUCUGAAGUACUUCCUCCAGUAAGUGUGCUCGAACUUAAUGAACAACAGCCUGAACAAAGUAGACCUAAGCCGAGCACACUUUGUACAAUUUGCAGAAAAACAUUCUCUCGCCGUAGUCACUUGUUACGUCAUUUGAAACGCAUACAUAAAGUUGAACCGGUGUUGACUAGAAGACGAGUGACUAAGUCUGGCGAUGAGAACGGAAACUCUAUAGAGGAAACUAAAUUUGAAUGCCAUACUUGUGGAAAGGCAUUUUCUAGGCAAGCCCAUCUCGAAAGACACGAAAAGAACUUGCACGGUGAAGAACGUAUGGUACCUGCCCCUUAUGAGUGUGUUUCUUGUGGACAAGCAUUCUUUGAUAGUAAUUUACUCAACCAACAUAUGGCGACCCAUGGGAACACUGUGACUGAUAAUUUUGUUUGGAUGUGAUAAGGUUUCAUUAAUGUUUUUUUUUUUUUUUUUAAAUUUAAUUUAGAGUGUAAAAGCCAGCUUACUUUAUUGUAAAUAAUUAUUGGCUUAUGGGUGUUUUGAAUUAUUUUAUAACAAAGGGUGUGUUAUAGGAUUAUGAUUAAAUUUUAGAAUGUUAAUUUGAUACAGAAUACUUAUAGGCCAAUAUUGUUCGGAAACAUUGACAUUCUAAAUAGAAAAAAAAACAGUUUUACUAUUUAAUGGUUCCCUUUGUAAUUUCAAAUUCUGGUCGUUCUAUGUUGCAUUUAAUUUUAUGUUUAUUUUAACUACUGUCUUGACAAUAUGUUAAAUUAUUAUUAUUAUUUUUUUUUUACAUAAUUUUAUGACAUUACUAAUUAUUUUGUUAUUCUUAGCCUAUAUGGACCAAAAGUCAAACAAAGGCUGUAAAAUGAAUUAAGUAGUAAAAAAAAAAAAAAAAUUAUAUAUUAUAGUUAUUAUGUUAUACAAUCAUUCAUAUUAUUUAUCAAAAUUAAGUAAUUUUCUACCAUUAGAAAACUUUCCCCAAAAACGUUUUUAUUUAUUUAUAAAUUAAUUAUGUUAUUGUUAUUGUAUACAGGGUGGUUUCUUAGACCGUUAAAUAUCGUACAUAUGGCGUAUUUAUUUUUAUUUUUGAAAUUUUAUUAUGUUCAAAUAUUUUAGCUAUAAUGCUUAAUCAAAUACAAUUAUUGACUAUUAUUAUUAUUAUUUAUCUAUAUACUAUUCUGGUUAUUUUGUAUAAUUUUUAAACACGGGUACUAAUAUUUUCAAUUUGACACUUUUUAAUGAUCAUUAAUGUAUUUUAAGUUUAAAACGUGAUAUUUAGCAUAUUAACAUUUCAAAGAGUUCAAUGUGAUAAAUAAUAAUAUGUUGUCUGUCUCACAUAACAUAUUUGGUACAGAUACCUAUAAUUAUGAUAUUCUCUAUUAGUUUAUUUUAACUAUUGAACAUAGUUAUGUUUUGUUUUGUGUUUUUUUUUAUUAUUAUUAUUUUCUAAGGUGGUUUUAUUUAUUUUAUAUUUUAUAAAUAUUCAUUAAUACAAAAAUAUAUUUAUAUAUUAUUUUAUUUAAGAUUUAAGUAUAGUGUUUAAAAAUAGUUGUCAUACACUGAAUAUAUUAGUGGGAACUAAUUUCUUAUUUUGGUGUACAUUUUGUUUAAUUGGGUUUUUUUCAUUUUAAAUUGCUAAACAAUGCUCUAUGAUAAAGUGGCAAAAUUUAUUUACAAAGUAUAAUUUUGUGUAUCAUAAUUUAUUCGCAUUUGUGGUGACAACUAUUUUCUUGCACAUUUGUGUACGACUAUAUUAUUAUUUUAUCAUUUUAUUAAACAUUAAUAUUAUUAUAUAUAAGUUGAAACAGUUCUCUGGAGAUGGUGGGUUUUGGGUUUUUUCUACACAUUUGCUCAAUUUCCAUUUUACACCAAUAAUUUACGCAUAUUCAUGUGUAAAUUUAAAAUGAUUACAUUUUAUUUAGUUCAUUUAAAUAUUGUCUCGGAACACCAUACAAAUAUACAAGACAUUAUUAUACCAUUAUGAUUUGCAAUUCUGAACUAGGUAUUUUAUAUUUUAUUACGCAAUGUAAAUUAUAAUAUAAUUAAACAUCGCUAUUCACAUAAUCUUCAUAUUUCUAAUGCACUUUUUAUACAAAUAUAUAAGUUGCUUUUAAAAAGUUCAUCCCCCACUCCAUUUGUUUUUAACUUUAUUUGUUUUUUUUUUAUACAUAUAUAUAUAUAUAUAUAUUAACUUUAUAGCAAACCAUUACACUUCAAUGUUUAUGAAUAACUGAAACCAAAUACACAGAAUGGUGGAUUGAUAUUUAUGUACCAUUUUGUAUAAUAAAAAAUGUUUGUUAACUGAUUCAAGUUUUUUAAUUACCAUUAAAAGAACCAUUAUCUCCGUUGUUUUUUGCAUAAUAAAAAUAAAAUCAUUUACCUUAUAUUAACAAUGUAUACAUUUAUUUAUAUAAUUAUUAUUUGUUUAUUAUUCUAAUUGUAAAAUGUCUACCGUUAUUUUUAUUAUGAUUUUUUUUUUCAGUUGUUCAUAACAUUUCUUUGAAUAAUACUAUAUUCAAGUAAAUUGUUUAUACUCUUUGGUGUUUUUUAAACCUGUUGUUUUCUUUAGACUACAAAGUGAUAUUAAAAAUUAAAAAAAUU